UUCGUAACGUGUAGUAUUUUCAAGGCCAACAGCAUUCGGUUAUUUCUAAAAACUAAAUUUCUUAAUCUGUUUUUUACUCACCUCCAAAAUGUUCCAUCGAGGCUUAAAGAAAUUAAGAUUCCGACCUUUAGCUAGGUCUGUCAGUUUUCUGAUUCGCAGCUUUUCUGGGAAUUCCCGGAGAAAGCCGAAAUUUGUGAGGUAUCUUCCGAUAGCCUCCAAGAGCAAUCUCUUCAACUGGCCAACACCCCAGAGGUACCCACUUGAAAGGCCUGUCUUCGAGAAGGAUGACAAGCCCUAUUCCGAAUUCCACAUUGAGAAUACUCGAAUCCACGAAAAGUGGCAACAAAAUAGAUGCGGUGCCAACGAGCAGCACAGCCUUCGUAGCCAUCAACCAGCCAGUUCCGAGGUUUCCCUCAACUCAUACGAAGCCGUCAGCGCCAUAGAGAAAGUGCGGCAAAGUGAGGAGCGCCGGAAGAUUCAGAACCGGUUGCGCUACCUCAUGGAGGAGCAGCAAAAGCUCGACGAGCGAAUCCAGGACGAGCAAGAUCGUAUGGUUCGCGCUCCGGCCCAACGGGACGUUCCCAGGGAGUAUGCACCUAAUCGUCAUCCGGAGAUCAGCAAGCCAGGUUCCUGGGCUUCAGCGACCGUUUUGGCGGUCACGGGAAAAAUGCAGCACCACCGUUACAUAAAGCAGCCGGCUUGGAUGUACACCGAUGCUGUCCAGAAAAUCCAAAACGAAGCCCAACCUGAGAGCACAUCUAGACCAGAUUCGGCAUCCGACGGCAGCGACCAGCCCAAGACUGGCAUCCACGACUGGGCCAAGUCCACCCUGGAACUGCAGAAGAGCGAAGCCAAAAAGAUGGAGAAUCUCCGGUGGCAGAAGAAAUACUGCAACAAAUCAGCCUGCCUGAAAUUGUGUGAUCUUUCCUCUCUAUUCAAAAUUAGAAAUUACUAAUCGCAAAAGAGGAGCAAAAAUUAUAGAGAAGCGUUUCGAAAAUAUCCGCAUGAGCCCGAUUAAUCAACAGGAGUUGGAGUAACCUCCAUAUAGCUCCUGGUCGGCCGCGGACUUUUCGAGUCGACAACUUGUACUACUUACAGGAUUCUCGCUUAAGUGCUACAUUUUGGCGAGAUUAACAAAAUUGUAUUUUAUUUUUUGACAAGUUUUAUAAACAAUGUAUUUGGAUAAAAGAAAGCAGCUACUUUCAU